CCCGCCGGCUUCAUGUGAAGCGCGGGCCCUCCGCCCCCUCCCUCCCCUUCCUUCCCUCCCUCCCUCCCGUCCCCUCCUCCUCCUCCUCCUCUCGCGCCCGCGCCCGCUCCAGCUCUCCGGGGCCCCCAGCCCGGCCGGGCGCUGACAUCACGGGCGGGGGUCCCCGCUGCCGCCGCCUCUCGUGCAGGCUCCGGCUGGGGCUGCGGAGCCCCCGGUGCGAUCAUGGACCGGCCCCUGACGGCGUCCGCGGAGGCGGAGGAGGAACUGGAGUGGCAAGUGGCGAGUCGCCGGAGGAAGGCCUGGGCCAAGUGCCGCGGCUCCUGGCAGGCGUCGGAGACUGAGGACCUGUCCACAGAAGCGACGACGCAGGACGAGGACGACGACGACGACGACGAGGACCACCUCCCCGGAGCGAAGCUGCCAGCCACUGCGGGGAGAGGAAACGUGCCCAACGAGAAGAUCGCGAUAUGGCUCAAGGACUGCCGUACCCCUUUGGGAGCCUCGCUGGAUGAACAAAGCAGUAGUACACUCAAGGGUGUGCUUGUGAAAAAUGGAGGAAGUUUUGAAGAUGAUUUGUCAUUGGGAGCUGAAGCCAACCACCUCCAUGAAACUGAUGCUAGAAUUGAAAACUGCAAUAACAUUUUGGCCAAAGAGAGAAGACUACAGUUUCAUCAGAAAGGGAGAAGUAUGAAUUCCACUGGAUCUGGGAAAAGUAGUGCGACAGUCUCAAGUGUUUCAGAAUUGUUGGAACUUUAUGAGGAAGAUCCUGAAGAAAUUCUUUAUAACCUUGGAUUUGGACGUGAUGAACCAGAUAUUGCUUCUAAAAUUCCUUCCAGAUUUUUUAAUUCAUCAUCAUUUGCCAGAGGGAUAGACAUUAAAGUAUUUUUAAGUGCUCAGAUGCAACGGAUGGAAGUAGAAAAUCCAAAUUAUGCUUUGACAAGUCGUUUUCGUCAAAUUGAAGUGCUUACUACUGUUGCCAAUGCAUUUUCUUCUUUAUAUUCCCAAGUCUCUGGGACUCCCCUGCAGAGAAUUGGAAGUAUGUCCUCAGUGACCUCUACUAAGGAGACAGACUCCCCUCCACCUUUAACCCGAAGUAACACUGCAAAUCGUUUAAUGAAAACACUAUCAAAACUAAAUUUAUGUGUUGAUAAAACAGAAAAAGGAGAAGGUAAUAGUCCUGCUCCAGCAGUUGAAAAAGGAAAAGUUCUAAAUGUUUCAGUGAUUGAAGAAAGUGGAAAUAAAAAUGAUCCAAAGACUCAAAAAGUUGUAAAGAAAAAAGACUCGUCUUCUAUGUUGGCUACAGUAAAAGAAGAAGUAUCAGGUAGUUCAGCAUCUGUAAUGGAGAAUGCUGGUAUUAAUAUGCUUUCUCAUGAAGCAAAUAGUAAUUUUAAUCAAGAUACUGAAAAUGAACAAGUCAAAGAAACUCAAAGUGAUGAGAAUAAACUGGAUGAGGAAUCUGUUACUCUGGAACCUGAUGCAGGUGGGUUCCACAUGUCCAGCCAUAGUGAGCUGGAAGAUAGCAGUGAGCUGAAAAAUGUCCUUGUGUCCACACCUGAAAAAGAACCAUAUGCACCACUGACAAUCCCAUCCAUAAGAAAUAUAAUGGCACAGCAGAAGGACUCCUUUGAAAUGGAAGAGGUUCAGAGCACAGAGGGAGAAGCUCCCCAUGUUCCAGCCACAUAUCAGCUAGGUCUUACCAAAUCAAAAAGAGAUCAUCUGUUACGUACUGCAAGUCAGCAUUCUGAUAGCAGUGGUUUUGCUGAAGAUUCAACAGACUGUUUUUCCCUUAAUCAUCUUCAGGUUCAUGAGCCCCUGCAGACCAUGGGGAGUAGUGCUGAUAGCUGUGACAGUGAGACAACCGUCACAUCAUUUGGUGAAGACCUUAUCACACCGACAGCACAAGACCAGCCUUAUUUCAAUGAGUCAGAAGAGGAGUCUCCUACCCCUCUUCAGAAAGGAGGAGAGAAAGCAGCAGCAGUUGGUCAUCAACAGAGACAGUCAUCUAACCAGGAUUUCCCCCUUGAGACUGUUGAGAAUACAGGAACUAAACAGUCCACCACUAGUAUUGGGGAUCAUGUUACUGAAAUUACUGAGGCAAAGGAAGAUUUGUCCCCAGCACAGCCAGUAGAAAUGCUGAGGGAAGCAAGUGCUGAAAGUGAUGUGGAUAUCAGCAGUGAAUGUGAAUUUGCACAGUAUACCACACACCAUAUUCUUAAAUCAUUGGCUUCUAUUGAAUGCAGUGAGAUAGGCUCUGAAAGUACAACUGGGCCUCCCUCUUCUGUGGACAGAGUUAAUACAGCUUUGCAAAGAGCCCAAAUGAAGGUUUGCAGUCUGUCUAAUCAAAGAGUAGGGCGUAGCCUGAUAAAAUCAAAAGAUCUGCUAAAGCAGAGGUACCUACUUGCAAAAGCUGGCUAUCCUCUAAGGCGGUCUCAGUCUUUACCAACCACCUUAUUGAGCCCAGUAAGGGUUGUGUCCUCUGUCAAUGUUCGCUUAUCCCCAGGAAAGGAGACCAGAUGCAGUCCUCCUUCCUUCACUUAUAAGUACACGCCCGAAGAGGAACAGGAAUUAGAAAAAGAGGUGACUGAGCAUGAUGGUCAAUCUUUAGUUAAAUCUACUAUUUUCAUCUCCCCAUCAUCUGUGAAGAAAGAAGAAACCUCUCAGAAUGAGGUGAACCAGUGGGAAGAAUGCCAUCAUCGAAGGACUCCGACCUGUUCGCUGUAUGCUCGGGCACCUAUAUCACAGUCCACCUGCUCCCUUCACUCUGUCCACUCUGAGUGGCAGGAAAGGCCCCUGUGUGAACACAUGAGGACUCUGAGCACUCACAGUGUUCCCAAUAUAUCUGGUGCCACCUGCAGUGCCUUCUCCUCCCCUUUUGGGUGUCCUUACUCACAUAGACAUGCUGCCUACCCAUACCGAGUGUGCUCUGUGAACCCUCCUUCUGCCAUUGAAAUGCAGUUGCGAAGAGUAUUGCAUGAUAUUAGAAACUCACUGCAGAAUCUUUCACAGUACCCUAUAAUGAGAGGACCUGACCUUGCUGCUGCUCCAUAUAGCACUCAGAAAUCAUCUGUUCUACCUCUUUAUGAAAAUACUUUUCAGGAGCUCCAAGUGAUGAGGCGGAGCUUAAAUUUAUUUAGAACACAAAUGAUGGAUCUAGAAUUGGCAAUGCUACGCCAGCAAACCAUGGUUUAUCAUCAUAUGACUGAGGAAGAAAGGUGUGAAGUUGAUCAGCUCCAGAGUUUGAGAAAUUCAGUUCGAAUGGAACUCCAGGAACUGGAACUGCAGCUGGAGGAGCGUCUACUGUGCCUGGAGGAGCAGCUGCGUGGGCGCACGCCUUCUCCCUACCACGCCUCAGCACUUGUGGUUACUGAACUGAUGCAGGAACAAUCAUAUCUGAAGUCUGAAUUGGGCCUGGGACUUGGAGAAAUGGGGUUUGAAAUUCCUCCAGGAGAAAGUUCAGAAUCUGUUUUCUCCCAGGCAACAUCAGAGUCCUCUUCUGUAUGUUCUAGUCCCUCUCAUGCUAAUAGAAGAACUGGAGUACCUUCUAAUGACUCAGCAGGCAAACCCAAAGCCCAUCUGGUAUCAAGGAAGAAAGUAUUCCGAGCAUCAGUGGCCCUCACACCAACUGCUCCUUCUAGAACAGGCUCUGUGCAGACACCUCCAGAUGUGGAAAGUUCUGAGGAAGUGGGUGCAGAAGAAGUCUCAGAGACUGUAGGACCUAAAUGUGAAGUGGAAGAAGAACAUGAAAAAAUCCCAUUAAUGCCAGCUGCUGAGGAAAUGCAUAAAAAUAUGGAGCAAGAUGAACUGCAGCAAGUCAUACGAGAGAUUAAAGAGUCUAUUGUUGGGGAAAUCAGACGAGAAAUUGUAAGUGGACUUUUGGCAGCAGUAUCUUCAAGUAAAGUAUCUAAUUCUAAACAAGAUGAUCAUUAAAUGGAAUUCAUAGAUUGGGAUGGAUCCUACAAGCCAUAGGAUAUGAAGUUAUCAAUGAUAUACACUGGUGGAGGUAUUUGUGCUUCUGAAGAUACUUGCUGCUGAGCUGGGCUACUGUAUACAGUGUAUAAUGUUUAUUUCUUCUACAUAUACCUAUUUUUAAAGAAGAUACAUAGAAGCUUAGGCACUUUGCUGACUUUUCUAAACUAUCAAAACAAUAGCCAUUUGAAAAGCCUAAUAUUUAUUUGUAUGUCAAUAUUUUCAAUCAAUUCCCUAAGUAGAAUUAAUUUUAAAACUUGAAAACUUCCAGACUUAACCAACUUAUAAAUAACAUAUUCUUCAGAUAGCUUCUUAAAACACUGACCUCUAUGAGGUAUUUACUGUGCAAUAACAGAUUCAUUUUUUGAGAGCUUGAAACAACCAAUGAUUUUCCCUUCUCUGCUGUUAAUUAGUGUCACUUCCAAGAGGAAAAAUUGUUCUGUUGUAAAAAUUGCUUUUAAUUCUUAAGGAGGUUACUAAUAACAGUAGGAUAGAAUUGUAUGAGGUUACCUACAACUACUUAAUGUUCUUACACUGUUACUUUACCCAAGACAAAUGUAAUUUUAUUAUAGCUAAUACAGUAGUUUUCUUUUGGAAAUGUGGCUUAUGUUAAACACUAUGUACUUUUUGCAUUGUUCAAACAUCUCUAUAAUAAGGAGAUGUUUCUUCUGUCUUUUAGGCUAAAUAGUAGAGUGUUGCCAAAAUAAUGGAGCCUGUGACUUGAAUGGAUAGAAAUGAAUAAGCUGGUUUUGUUUUUUCAAAAAGGAAGUAAUUAGAUUUGUUUUCCUCAUAAUAAGGUGGUUUUAAUUCAGUUUUAACCAGUGAAAACUUUAUGGGGAAAAAAGAAAAAUAGUUUUCUAUUUGAUAUUGUAUGUGAUAAAUGCAGAAAGUAACAACCAAAUUUUAUUGGAAUUACUCUUUUAGCAUUAUAAAUUUAAAUUCCUAUUAUAUUUCUUUGUGUGAAAUUUUAAUCAAAGUGGUUGAAAUGAUAAUAUUCUUUGAAAGAAUAUUGAAAAGGUUUUUAAAUGUUUGAACUAUCACACAAAGACUGAUUUCUAAAAGAAAAAUUAAAAACAAUAAAGUAUUUAUUUUGCCUAA